CAGUAGUUAGGAGUAUACACUUCUUCAGUCUCCUUCACACUCUUUUUUUCCCUUUGGUCAGAAGUCUACCUUUCUUCUCUUCCUCACCAAACCAGAAAUCUCAGAUCCCACAACAAUGGCGACACCUCAAUCCCACUUCACACCUCCCCACCGGAAGAAAACAAGUAAGUCAUCUCGCUCAAACUUCCUGGGCAAAUCUCUGAUUGUCAUUCUUGUUCUUGUAAUUAUCCCACUGUUCCCUUCCCAAGCUCCCGACUUUAUCAGACAAAGCAUCUUUCCCCAGCUCUGGGAGCUCUUGCACCUCAUGUUCAUCGGCAUUGCCGUGUGCUAUGGUCUGUUUAGCAAGAGAAGUAGUCCCACACUGGAUUUACAAACCCACCCAAGAUUCGAUGCCUCCUCACCUGCUUAUUUGUCUGGGAUUUCUAAUGUGUCCUCAAUUUUUGAUAGUGGGCAUGAAAAUCUGUAUGGGUCUUAUGGGAAAAUUGGCAUGCCUGAGAGUAGUAGGGGUUUUCAGAACUUGGGAGAUGAAUGUGAACUAGAUGGAGAUGAGAGGUGCAGAUCUUUUGUGAUUAGAAAUGAGUGUCAGGGGAGGAAUUUCUCUCAGACUUUGAUGAAUUCUCAGCAUUUUAUAGAUGAAUCCACUGUUGUCGUGGCUAAUCGAUAUCAUAGGACUAACCCUCUCUCAUUUGUUGAUAAUAAGCCCUUGGGGUUACCAGUUAGGAGCUUGAGAUCAAGAGUAGCUGACACUAAUAAGCCUGAUAUCGAUAUCGAUAGUGAUAGCCAUAGUGAAGUUGACAAAACCAGGAUUCUUUCUGGUUCUGCCGGGGCGUCUUUUAGGGGUAAUGAUAGUAAUGUUGUGAAGAUAAGAGGCAUGGUGCCUGUGAAUUCAGACACCGAGUUUGAGGAGGCUGCUGCAAAUUUGAUGCAGGGCCCGAGACCACGGAGGAGGGAGUUGGGAGAAGAAACGAGGAGAGUUAAUAAGCCUAGUUCACAGUAUUGUAGGUCUCAAUCUGCUUCAGAAUUUGAGUUUAGGGAGUUUAGGCACUUUAGAUCAACGUCGUUUCAGCAGCCACCAUUAUCUUCUCGGAGUAGUUCCAAGACUUCUUCACCGGGUUCAAGCACACCCCCGUCCUCUCCCUCUCAAGAACAGCAGCCAAACUUCGAGGGAAAGAUGGAUCUUGAGGAGGAAUUCCCAGUCUCGAUUUCACAGCCAACAGAGAUUUCGGUGCAUGGAGAUGUGGCAUCAGAAUCUAGCACCGGGUCUUCAGCAGAGAUGAAUAUGCAGAUGGAAGAUGAGUUCGAUGACAUGACAAACGUGUCCUUGGGUUUGGGCAGAGAAGAAGUGGGCUAUGCUAAACCUCCUUCCCAUUCGAUUGGAGAAUCUGAGCAUGAGUAUAUUAAAUCUUGGUCAUUCUGGCAUCCAACACCUUCUGAAACCAAUUCCAAGUCGUGUUCUCCAACAAAACAUUCUCCCAUCUUAUCUGUCUCUCCCGAACUGCCAAAUAUCGAAAUGCAUGAUCAUCAGGAGGAAAAGGAUGUUGGGGCUCAAUCUAAUUCGGUUUCACAUCCAAUAGUGGCAUCAAUAAAUGGAGAAGCAACUUGCAUGAGCAGCUCAACUGGUCACAGGAGUGAAGUUUGGGAGAAGAAAAUAAAUGGAGAAGCAAAGCCUAUCUCUUCAAGGAAUCAAUGGUCUUCUUCUACGGAGAUGAAUCCACAGAGACCCUUGAGAGAUAGUCACAAAGAUGUUGGCAAGGAUGUCAAAGAGGGCUCUUCACUCAUAGGCAAAAGAAUUGGCCCUUUGGACUCACGUGUAAAACCAUCACCUUCACCCCGUCGUAAAGUUUUGUUAAGGGGAAAAUCAGUGAGGACGAUUAGAGCUAGUAGACUCGAGAAUGAUCUAAAAUCAAAUGACAGUGCUUCUGCUAAAAGCAGAAGUCAUUGCAGUCCAGUUGAAUCAUUAUCAUCAGUGAAAAGCGUAAAUGGAGGAGGUUGUGAAAAUGGCCCUGUAAACACCACCGGGAAAGGUGACCUUGACACUCGCCCUGUUCCAAACUCAGCUUUUUCUCCAAAACAGAACGGGAGAAAAGAGGCCUCAGUUGUUGGUGACGUUUUGGAGUCCAGAGAAGAUUCAGUCAGUGUGUUGAAUAACUCCGAUGUGAGUUCAGAUGAUGAAAAGCCUGGUUCUUACCUCGUUGAUGAUGUUGAACUAGGAAGCGAGGUUGAUAGAAAAGCCGGUGAGUUCAUAGCAAAGUUUAGAGAGCAAAUCAGGCUUCAGAAGGUUGAAUCAUUUCGACGAUCCACCACCUGAUAAUUUAUCAGAAAGGUAUGUGUAUUAUAAAGCCCCAUUGCUGGGGAACUGAAUAGAAAUCUGAUCUCCAUCUCACCAAGACAAUGUAUUCUUUUAUGCUCUGUACAUCUCUUAUUUGCUGUACUUGACUUGGACACAAGAACCUUUACAUGGGAAAUAUAUAUAGGCUCUAUUUCUUUCA